GGGAUACGCUCGCUGCUGUCUCUGAGAGGCUCGGUCGUCAGAGGCUCAUCUUGAUUGGCCUCUAGAGUUACCGCGCUGCCUCAAUGAGUUAUCCACCUCCUUGGCCCUUGGCUUCCACCCUUGGCUUGCACAACCCAAGAAAAGAGCUGACGCGUCCUCACUCCUCUCCCUCACUAGUCGGAUUCCCAGCCGCCGAUCCAUCCCUGCUCCCUGGUCAGCCCUGACAACGGCCGGCGUUACCAGACAGAGAGACCUGGAUCUAGCGGUUCAUAGCGCUCGAAUGGAAUCAAUUCAGGGGCCGAGUCCCUGAAGUUGGGGGCCUUGAGCAUGUUUAUAGUGGAUUACCUGAGUGGGCUUCAGUGGCUUUCACCAGUCUCUUCCUCCCUGACACGGCGGGGAUCUUGUUGUCGGACCCGGCGGGUACGUACCGCCGACCAAGGCACCCACCCCAUUCAUAGAACACGGUCCCUCCCCAGUUCCCGAUUUUCUGCCUGGUUCCAUCUUUCCCCUUCUCAACUUCCAAACAAUCGCUUCUGUUACAGAACUUCCAUCUCUCAACAACUACUUUUCAAUCAUCUUCUAAACAAGACAACACAGCAGACUUGAAUCUAUCGCGACAAUACUCGAGUCUUUCACUGAUCAUCACUUGGGCGACGAAUUCAAUCUCUCAUCACCAAAGACUACAUCCUCCGGUAUCGCCGAACUGAUUCAACAAUAUGUCAGGUCCUGGCCAGAAUACUGUCGAUAUCGACGCUCUCCUCGAUCUUACCGAGUACGAUAAUUUCCAAUCUCCUGCUACUACAGUAUCACCAUCAGGAACAUCAAAGGCUACAUUCGCCAGCCCUAUCACAGCUGCUGUCGCUGCUCCCGCCACCACAACUGCCCAAAGCCUGAGCGGUCCCAGUCACAACUAUGACAUGUACCGACAACAGACUGGCUUUGUGCCCGGUGCCAUCGCCAACACAAUGGCCGUUAACCAGACAAACAACACUGGCUACCAAGACUUCCGCAACAUCGACUACCUAACCACCUUCAGUCCCGAGGCUGAUCUGUUUGAUUUCAACACAUCUCCUUCGCAGGCUACUUUGGGUGCUUCGGAUAUGGAUAUGGAUUUCGAGUCGCAGACCGAGACACAACAGUUUUUCACUGUCGACCCUAGUAGCAUUGAGCAAGAGAACGCUGGUCUUCCCUCACCACCCGUUUUGCCUACACAGAACAAUGGCCGUCUCUGGCCUGGUGCUCACUCCCAAGCCGCUCUUGCCAAGGCUCAGCAACAACAGCGACAACAGCAGCAGAUCAUUCAGCAACAACAACAGGCUCAGCGCCAGGCAUCGCAGCCCAAGUCUCGUGGCAAGGCCCCUCAGCCUACCGACCCCAUCGUUGAGCAGAAGAUUACUCAGCUCCUGAACUCUAUGCGAGCCAAGCCCUCGAUGCCCGAGAGCCAGGCUACCAGCCCCAUGGCCAACCUUCCCCGAUCCAAGAAGGACGAAGAGGAAAUGGACGAGGAUGAGCGCCUCCUGGCUAGUGAGGAGGGCAAGAAGCUCAGCAGCAAGGAGCGACGACAGCUUCGUAACAAGGUGUCCGCUCGUGCUUUCCGUUCCCGCAGAAAGGAAUACAUCACUCAGCUUGAGACUGAGAUUGCCAACAAGGUCAGCGAGAACGGCGACCUCCGCGCUCAGAACCGUGCUCUCGUUGACGAGAACAAGCGUCUGACUGACCUCACCCGCAUGCUUCUCUCUUCGCCUUCUUUCUCCAACUUCCUGGACAACCUCAGCAGCAACCCUACCACUGCUCAGCAGACUCCUCAACUCAAGGUCGAGCCUCAACCGGAACAGCGACAGGUGCCUAAGGACAUCAACCCCUACAAUGCCCAGCAAUCUUCUCAGCACCAGAUUGGCAUGGCCAUGAUCCCUGAGCAGAACAUGGACUUCUCCAUGCUCACUCUUGAUGGCUCUUUCAACUUCCAGCCUCAAGUCUUUGUUGUUGACACUCCUGAGCUUCCUGAUGCUAUUGACGCUUCUGUUCUCUCUGGCAAGACCUCCAACUUCGCUGAGCCCAUCUUCGACUCUGAGGAGGAGAAGCUCGAGGUGCCCGCCAUUGAGCGCCCUGUUGAGAAGCCCGAGGUUGCUGAGCCCGUUGACGCCGCCCCUAUUGAUCUUGAGUUCGAAUCUGACCCUGAAUUCGCCCUGUUCCACACUGAGACCGCUACCACCACCACCGAGCAACCCAAGGAGUUUGACUCUGAGGGUUUAUCGCAUGUUGACAUCUUUGGCGGUGUUGAGUCCGAAAAGGUGCUUGCCCGUCUUGAACUUAUCGAUGCCGGUGAGGAAGAGAGUCUCGCUGCUUUGGCCAUGGCUCGUGUGCAACGUAUCAGCGCCAGCUGUGACGCUGUUACGUCAAGGUUAGAGCUUCUUACCAUGGACCUGUAAAGAGUGGUUUAAUGGACAGUGGGGAAUGGGAAAAGGACAUGCACUAAGCGCUUCAUUUCUUUCUUAUUUGUAACUAUGGGACUCCCAGCGGAUUGGGAUGGGAUAAGGCGUUACUGGCACAAAGGAUGAAUCGCCCAUGCGAGGUGUUAUCGCAUUAUCUAUUUUGUUUUUUAUCUCCUACUUGGAACGAUUGAUGACACAGGAAAGUUGUGUAUUGUUAGAUAGAAAGGCCUACCGCCGCUUGAUAUCACAAAUUAAACAUUGAAGGCCAACAUGAUCUGUCUUAUUUCUACGUGAUGUACUCUGUACUAUGCCUUGCAUACCAUCUUGCGUCUCUAACGUGACAUUAGUGCUGAC